CCCCUUCCUUCCUUUUUAAUACUCAUACAUUUCUCUAUAUAAAUAACACUCCAGCUAUCAUUUCAUCUCAAGUUCAUUCCCACACUUCACAGCUUUUCACAGCUCUGAAUACUAAUCUCUUGCUAGCCCUUUAAUUUUUUUGGUAAAUCUUGGAGACCCAUAUCAAAAUCUUGAGAUUUAGUCAUCAGAUUGAGGCAUGGACGCUGGAUUUCAAGAAAAGAAAGAUGGGGUUUUGAAGCACUCGUCUUUACUUGAGUUGGCUGCUGAUAAUAAUCUCACAGCCUUUGUUUGUGAAAUUGAGGAGAAGGGGCUUGAUGUGGAUGAUGUUAGCUUCUGGUAUGGGAGGAAAUUUGGGUCUAAGAAGAUGGGGUUUGAGGAAAGAACCCCUCUGAUGAUGGCUGCUCUUUAUGGAAGCUUUGAGAUUGUGGACUAUAUUGUGGGGACUGGGAGAGUCGAUGUGAACAGGGCUUCUUCUUCUGAUUCUGCUACUGCUCUCCACUGUGCUGCUGCUGGUGGGGCUGAAGGGGCUGCCAGGAUUGUGAAGUUCUUGAUUGAUGCAUCAGCUGAUGUGAAUUGUGUUGAUGUGAAUGGGAACAAGCCUGGUGAUUUCAUGCUCAAGUUCUCGAGAAAGAAGGAAUUGGAGAUGUUGCUUAGAGGUUGUGAAUCAGAAGAAAAUGAUGUGUGUAUUGAGCAGGUUGUUGAGAAGAAAGAGUAUCCAGUUGAUGUGGCCUUGCCGGAUAUUAAUGUUGGAUUGUAUGGUACUGAUGAUUUCAGGAUGUAUAGUUUUAAGGUGAAGCCUUGUUCCAGAGCUUAUUCUCAUGAUUGGACUGAAUGCCCUUUUGUCCAUCCUGGUGAGAAUGCUCGUCGUCGUGACCCGAAGAAGUUUACUUAUAGUUGUGUGCCUUGUCCGGAAUUCAGGAAGGGAAGUUGUGUGAAAGGAGAUAAUUGUGAGUAUGCUCACGGAGUUUUCGAGUCUUGGCUACAUCCAGCUCAGUAUAGGACAAGGUUGUGUAAGGAUGAGACGGGGUGUGCGAGGAAAGUGUGCUUUUUUGCACAUAGAGUGGAGGAGUUGAGGCCUUUGUAUGCUUCAACUGGCUCUGCUAUGCCUUCACCUAAGUCGGGGAUGGUUGGUUCGAUGGACAUGGGGAGUUUGAGUCCGAGGGGGAUUGGUGGUUCUACGACACCAAUGUCUCCCUCUGUGGCUUGUUCGUCUCCAAUGGGAGGGAAUUUGUGGCAGAAUAAGGUGAAUCUCACACCGCCUGCUUUGCAAUUGCCUGGUAGCAGGUUGAAGACAGCUUUGAAUGCUAGAGACAUGGAUUUGGAAUUGGAAUUACUUGGACUUGGGAGCAUUAGAACUCAGCAGCAAAGGCAAUUGAUUGAUGAUUUGUCUAAUCUUUCUUCGCCAUCAAUGUGGAACAACAACAACAACCGAUUUGGGGAAAUGAAUCCUACUAAUCUUGAAGAUGUUUUUGGAUCACCUGAUUCAUCAUAUUUGUCUCAAUUGCAAGGACUUUCACCACGAGUCAGAGCUAGCACACCUCAAAUGCAAUCUCCAACUGGUCAUCAAAUGCGCCAAAACAUGAACCAGCUCAGGGCAAGCUACCCAACCAACGCCUCGUCCUCGCCAGCUAGAAAAGCACCACCCACCUAUGGCUUUGAUUCCUCCGCAGCAGUGGCAGCAGCAGUCAUGAAUUCAAGGUCCUCAGCGUUUGCCAAGCAGCGCAGCCAGAGCUUUAUAGACCGCGGAGCAGUGAGUCACAACAGGCCUGCUGGAUUUUCAUCAGCUGCUGCAAAUUCAGCCUCAAUCAUGUCUCCUAACCACGCUGACUGGAGCUCACCGGGAGGGAAGCUAGAUUGGGGCUACCAAGAAGACAUGAACAACAAGCUCAGAAAAUCCGCCUCAUUUGGAUUCGGAAGUGGCAAUGCAGGAGCCAGGAACUCAGGAAUGAAUCCAUCAUUCGUCGAUGAGCCCGAUGUCUCUUGGGUGAAUUCAUUGGUGAAAGAUGUUUCCUCCACAGGGGCUGGCCUAUACAGUUCAGAUCAGAAACACAAUGCAGCAAAUGGAGUUCAGCUUCCAGCUUGGGCUGAGCAGAUGUAUAUAGAGCAAGAACAGAUGGUGGCCUAAUUAAGCAAGCCAUUCAUUGGGUUCUCAUCAUUAACCAAACCACACACAUCAAUAUUAUUCUUUAAUAUUCUUGUUGAUUUUUAGUACUCCUUGUAGCUAGAACCUAAGAAAUCAGAAUAAUCUCUGAUACUAUUGUUUCUCGAGAUCACAAUUGUUUAGGCAGAUUAUGAAAGUUAACAAUAUAUUCAUUUAUAUUUUCAUA